UCCAAGUGCUCCCCUCUCCCCACCACCACUACCCUCUCCCUCUCCCUCUCCUCGAGCUAGACUUCCUAGCUAAUCAAGCUCAAUCCCUCCCCUGCAGCCUCUCCUCCUCUUCCUCCAUAUAUACACCUCCAAUGGUAGUGUUUGCUUCCAUGUGCUAAGCUCAAGUCUCCUAGUUAGAUGCAUCCUACACAACACGCACACCUGUGAGGCUGUGAUCGAUGAUGGAGUGGUGGAGGCGAGGAGGAACCAGCCAGUGGAGGCAAGCAGCAAGCAUGGGAGGUGCCAUGAAGAUGGUGGUGGCGUGAUCUCAGGGAACCCGAACCGAGAGCAGAUCAGAAGCGUGCGUGCACGCAAGGAGGAUGCGCGUGAUCGGUGGUUGCCGUGCCACGGAGCUUGCGUGGUGAGAGGGAUCGGAGAAGCUGCUAGCUAAGGAGGACCGGAGAUCUAGAGAAGGGUUCUUUUUGGCUCCUUGCUCGCCGGCGGGCCGGCCAUGUGGAGCGUGGCGUCGCUCGUCCGGCAGGGCCUGAGGUGGGGGCGCCGGCGGCGGACGGCGCGGGUGGUGGACGAGAGCGCGCUCGGCGCCUCGGACGGCGAUGAUGUCCUCGGUGCCGCCCCGGCCGCGGGCGCGGUGGUGGCGGCGCCGACCCUGGGCGGCGCGCUGACCAGGGCGCUUUUGGCGCUGGCGUGUGCCGUCCGCUUCGACGGCGAGGAGUACGGCGUGACGGAGGAGGCGUGGGCGGCCAGCGGGUGGCGGCCGCGCGCCGACGAGGUCAGCCACCUCAUGGUGCACGAGAGCAUGCGCUACGCCAUCUACGUGUAGCCGUACGUAGCCCGUACGAUUCUACCUAUAUACAUACAUUGUGUAGUGUUAUACAUACAUAUACGUACGUAGGUUGAGAUCGAUGGUGCAUAGUGUAUAGAGUACGGUAUCUUGUAUUCUUGAACGUAUACGUACGCGCAGGUCGCUACAAGUCUAGUGCUAGUGUAUUCAAGCUCCACGGUUCUUGGGUUGUUUUGCCUAUACAUAAUUCUUGGUUCGGCUAAGAAAUCACCAAAAAAUCCGUGCAAGUUAAAUUUGCAUUCCUCCUCCUCCUUUCCCUUUUGAUUCUUGUCCUCUUUGGCAUUUUGUUAGUUGUACGUGUCUUUUGGAACUUGGAUUCUAGUCUUUGUAUGUAACUUGUUCAAGUUUCGGCUGUUCUACU